AGCGUUGUCGUCUGCUAAGUCUGGCAGCUGGUAUUAGGGAUGACUCAUACUACUCUUGUUUAACAACAUCAACCUUUAUUUCCCUUUACCAUGGCUGGGCUUGGUGCUAAGGAUAUAUUACGCAAUGUCACUGCCUUAGAACAAUUAAUUGAAGAAAUUAACUUCCAGCGAGCUAAAGAAAUGCGCCAGUGUCUCAUGUCCAAAGAUUCGGACACUGGAUUUGUUAUGGUACAAGGGACCACCUAUUGGACAGAUCUCUUUGUUCGUCAUUUUCUCUUUCAAACUGAUCGCUCGACAGAUGCAGAUGAUCUGCUAUUUUUUAUAAGAAAAAAACAGGUGAAAGGUUCCCGUUACAUUCCUAAAUACCAGACUGAAGUGGAAGUUUACAGGCGUGACAGUCGUAAACUUCCUAUUGGUGACCCUGAUAUUGACUGGGAAGAAACUGUAUAUCUGAAUCUCAUUAUUCAUCAGUUUGAUUACACUCUUACUCUUGCUAUCUGCACACGUACAAGUCCAAAGGACCUACAGGUCUUGCGACGUCAUUCUCAGAAAGUGUAUGCAAGUCCCAGUAGGCGUCGAAUGGAUACAAAAGGAGAGGUAGAGGAGAUUACAUACCCAAACGUUUGCUUCCAUGUGGAUAAUUUUGAUGAGGUUUUUGCGGAUAUGUUGGUACGAGACGGAGAAAUGGUGUGUGUAGAACUUGUGGCAUCAGAUCACGCAGGACACCGUCAGGCUGUUAUAUUUUUAGGGUCAAUUAGAUACGAUGCUCUUAAAAGAGUAUAUGAUGCAAGGGCAAGCUUAAGCAGUAAAGUUGCUCAAAGAAUGAUGAUGGGUCUUUUUGCUGGCACUAACAAUCAACGUAUUGAAUUUGUUCGUAUGAAAGGACCUCAAGGAAAAGGGCAUGCAGAAAUGGCUGUCACAAAACCCAAAGGCUCAGGUGUAGAGACUCCAACAUCAGAACCUGGUGUUAGUUUAACAGAUAUGUGGGAUUCUGAUUGGGAGGAUGAACCUGAGGACAGAUUUAUCUAUCGUCAUCAGCGUCGUCUUAGCGAUCCUAGUGCCAACUUCAACACUUUUAUCAACUCAGGCUGGAAGUCGCGCUCAGAGGGAGCUAGGUCACGCUCAGAAAAUGAAGGACUUGACAAUUUUGCUGAUGGACUAUAUGAAAUUGAGUCAGGAGAUGUUCGAGAUGCAUUGUUAGAACAACGGUCCACGGUGAAAACCAGAUACGUAUCUAAUAGAAAAACGGUGUGUAGUGGUAGAUGUUGUUCAGUAGCAUGCAACACAAUUCGAGAGGAGGAAGAAAUGCCACAGGAAGUGCAGUGUGCCAAAUGCCAUCACUUUCAUGGUGACCAGCCAGUUGGGUCAGAGUCCCUUGUAGAAGUUAGUGAAGAGGCUGGUCAAAAUUUGGAAACAGGUCAAAUCCCUGACGGACAUUCACUUCCUCUUGAACCGUCCUUAGAUCGUCCUCAGACCCCUCCAUCGCCUCAUGAAGGCUCUCCCCUCCUACCGUCCUCCCCUAAUCUCAAUUCUUCCAAAGAAUUAAGACAGCCAUGUAGCAAUAAUAAAGCAAAUCCUGAUAAUGAAUACAAAGCCUCAACACCUCAAAAUUUAGAUGCUGAUGUGCUAAAUAAAGCCAGUGUUGAAAGUUGUGCACAUGCAGUAACUACAAAGUCUAUAAGUGUACCUGAUUUCUGCAACCAUGAGCGGCAGGCUACUGAUGAAACUUUUGUUGUUUAUGAGUCUAAGUCCAAAAGUGAUCCUUGUUGUGAAACAAUAGGAGAAACUUCUUUUAUAAGAAAAAGUAUUCAAGAAAUGAUUUCAAGGGCAAACGAGUCUUCUCGAAAACAGUCACCUACAAAACCAUGGUUAAAGGGCUUCUCUGCCAAAGGACAUGCAAAGAAGCCAGGUGGUGCUUACAGAAUUGUGCCUACAUCCCCAUCCAAAGCCAGUAGUAGUAUGUUAGGAAGUGACACUGAUUUAGUGUGUAGUCUUAGUGAAAGUAAAGGGGUUGAAGAAGACCCCAUGCCAGGUGAAUCCCUCCCCUCCACAUCCAGAUUGACAGAAAAUAAUGAUGAGGAUGAUAACUGUAAAAAAUGUAAACACCCUUUAGAAAAAAGUUUUUCUGCUGAUUCAACUCAAUUACCAACUAAGACUUCUCCAGUUGGUGUAGAAACAGCCUCAGAUUCCUUAAAAGCUCUUAACCUGAGUCCAAGCAAGAAAAGAAGAAAAGUCACAGUGCCAUGCAGGUUUACGUCUGAUGGAACAAGAAUUAGCUUUCUCUGCGAUGUCAAAUUAGAUGAUGGUGCAUACAAUCCAUUGUGGACCACUAAAGGAUUUACUCAGACUUUUCACUUCUGGAAGGAAUCUCGAAGAGCUCAGUCUGUUCCGCUCAAUGCUUAUCUUACCUAUGUUACACUACCUUGGUUCACGAUAAUUACUGAUAUUCUUGAUCAUCGAACUGGUCCUAUUCUCACCUUUUAGCAGUAUUGUGAUGUGUUUAGGUAUUUGCACUAGUGAAUUUUGAAAAGAUACUUUACAUCAGAUGUCAAAUUGCAUAACUUAAUUUUUGAUUAUAUAUGAUAAGUCUUGUGAUAUUGGAUGUUUAGAUAUUUUUACUGCUGUUUGACAUUUGUGGUAAACUCCCCCAAAAGCAGAAAUUAAAAAUGUUGAAAAUCCGAGGUUACGAAAAUUGUGAAAUAUAUAUACGUAUAUCUUUUGUUUGAUAAUUAAACCUUGUUGAUGAUAACAUUUGUGUAUUUGAAGGUAGUUUAGUUGUGAUGGUGCUCAUGUGUCAGUAACUAUAUGACAAAGAUAUUUUCAUUGCAUAUUGUCAAUUCUUGUAAGUCCUUUGAAAGUUUCCAUCAAUUUUUCAAAAAGAUUUUUGCUAAUAUGUAUGCUGCAAAGAAGACAAUGCUUGCUGGUUGCUUGCUCUGUAAGAAAAUGGCACUGGAAAUUUUCCUUCUGUCUGCAUUGAUUCCCUCAACUACUGAGUGCAAAUGUUGGAAAUGUGCUUUGAGGAGAAUAAGUACUUGUAGUGCAUUUUGUUAUUCCUUACCAACUGUGUUUUUUAAUGAAGAAUCUUUGUGACUAUGUUUUUUAGUACGUACAGUGGUUUUUGUUUUGAAAAUUAGAGUAAAAUAUUUUGCAGUAUAACAAACAUAAUUCAUUGAGGUUUAUACUCUGCAGUAUAACAAACAUUUACUUAAUUUCCCAGUCAUCAUCAAUAUUGAAGGUAAUACUUAUAUACAGUUGGACCAAAUAACAAAAUUUUAAAGGUAAUGCUAAAACUAUGCAGUUGCACUGGAUAUAAAAAAUUUAAUUUUAUUUUUUUUUUUCACUUGUCUGUGUGUUUAUAUAGUACAACAUAUUGAUGUACAGUAUGCAAAUUUUCUAGUUUACAGAUAUUCACUAUUUUGUAAUUUGCUUAUAAAUAUUAGUUUUUGAAUGUAAGCACAAACACAGUGCAUUAUCAUACCUCAAAUGUAAGGACAAAUUUUCAUACACAACUAGUUAGUCUUAAAAAAAAAAAAACCUGUUAGAUCUUCAUAGUCAUGUGAAGACUAAUUUCAAAGUUAGUACCCUAGCUAAAAAAUUAUUUGGGUUACAAACGAGUCCUUUUUAGAGGUUACAUACCGUACGUAAGUGGCAGAUGUUUCAUCAGGAGCUACUGUCAUGAACCUCUUUAUACGGGACUUGAUCAUAAUUUUAGCAACAUUCAAUUUGAUUUUCACUCAUGGCAGAUUUUUCUUAAGUGACUUUCAUGUUUGAGUGAUCAGAUGCAGACUUAGGCUGGUACUAAAUUGUUCUCACAUAAUUUCCCUUUGUAAUGUUUUAACCCUGCUUCAUGUCUGUAGUCAUGCAUUCAAGUAGCAAAGGUAUCUCUUAAAAUUUAUUCACAACUGUAUGCUGGUCCUUUGUUUUAUCAACUUUUAUUCAUUGCUGUCAUAUAACUGAGAGAGUUAGGCUUUGUAUGUAUAGUUGUGUUUGUGUAACUAUUUCUUGCUCAACUCUUCCAUGCUUUUGGUAGUUUUGUUAGGUACCAAGGCCCUUUGUUCCUGGAGGUACAGAACACCCCCAUAUUUGUGGGGAAUGUGUACAGACCUCCCCCCCCCCCAAUAGUUCAAAUCCCUGAAUAUCUUAGAACCUGCCUCUAAAAAUUCUUAUAACUGCCUAUCUUGAAAGUUCAAAUAACAAAUGUAUACCUUAAAUAACAUUCUACAUCAAAUUUACCUUAAAUUAUUACCCGAUUACUUUAUUAAUCUUUGAGAUCAUACUAUUGUCAUUUCAAAGUUAUGUUAAACAUUAGUACCCUUAAAGAUAUAUACAUAUGUACCUCUAAUAGUUCCAGCAAAACACACACACACACAGAAAGUAUAUAUUACAUUGAUUGGCUGAAAAUCAGAGAAAAUGCAAUUUUUUCCUUGGGGAUAAGUUAGGAGCUAUUUUAAUUUAACAAUAUUUUAUAAUAGGUCAUGCUCAAAACAAUUAAUAAAGAUUCUGUAAUGCUGUUGUGACUCUCCACAGGAAGUUUUGAAGAGUAAUUGAUUAACACUUUAGAAUUCAAAGUGAACUUAUGAUUAAUCAAGUGUAAUGAUUACUAUGAGCAAAAGGAGCACCACAAGUUUUAUAAACAUGAGCCUUUCUGUUUACACAACAAUGGUAAGGGGAUACGGGAGACCUGAUUUCUUUGAUGCACUGAGAGGUUGUCUGGCGAAUUCAUUAGUUGUUUGUGAUAUAUGACAUAAAUGAAAUUGAUUAAAUUAAAUAAGUUAAAAACUGUUUUUAAUAUGAUUACUAUUGCAGUAUGAAUUUCUAAAUGGUGUUUUUAUGUUAAGUCCGAGUUCAUUUUAGAGCGUGUUAGCCUAAGAACAGUGUCAACAAACCAUAUAGUAUCUCUUGAAUCUAGUCCUAUCUCAUUUUUCUCUUUUGUAAUAACUUUUUAUUUUGUGGGUUCAUACUAGCAUUAGGAAAGUGAUUUGGACUUUAGUUCGAGUAAUAUAUUACUACUUUAAUGCAACUGUAAUGGGCAUGGUACUCUCACACUGUGAAGCAACAAUACAUGGGGAGUGGUAUGUAUACAAAUAUGUCUAUUGAAGUAAACAAACUUGUCUGGAAUGAAUAUCUACCUAAACAUUUUUCUGCCUAGGGUAGCAUUUGAACCAGUAAACUAUUUCUUACAGUAAAUGUACAGUACCUUAAUGCAGACUCAACAGAUCUGAGAAACAGAAUCUACAUACAAUACAGGUAGCUUACUGACAUUUUCCUGUGUAUAUAUUUAUGUUUAUUUAUAUAAUUUUAUAUACUAUAUAUAUAUUAUUUUAUAUUUGUUUCCAUGUAUAUAUUUUUUCAUAUACGUAUUUACAUUGUGUAAUGUAUAUAUACUGUAAUUAUUGUACUGUAUACACACAUAGACAUGGACUUACAUAAUUGUGUUCCAUUCUGUCAUGGAGCUUGUGUUAUCUGAUAAGAAUGCAGUUUUUAGUUACAAUUGGCUCUAUUGGCUAAAUGUGGAAUGCUUUUCUAGUACUGCAUAUGUAUCAAUUAUGGUAAAAAUUGAGAUAAUUUUGUAGUUGAACAAACAAGGCUGUUUCCUUAAAUGAAAUAAACAUAAGAACCUUGUUUCUCACGAUAUACAGUAUUGCCACUUCAGGAAAAAUUAAACCCUUGAAUAGGAUUUUCUAAACUUAUUCAAAAUGUAAACAUUGAUUUACUAUAAAACCUGUCACUUGUAAGACAGACAACUAUUUAAGAAUUUACCAAGAUAACCUUGUUGUUAUGGUGGUGAGAGAUGGCCCUUGGAUAUGAAAUACUCUUCUCAUUCCUCUUUAUCAAUACAAAGCUUGGUCUGUGUUUGGCAUCUUCUUGGGUAUCUGCUUGUGCAUUUUCUUCAGAUUAUUUUCCUCAUUUUACCAUUGUAAGUGUUAAUGUUUUUUCACAUUUGUAUAUGUAAUCUUUUCUAAACAUAACUACAUGGUAGCUAAGAGAGGCAUUCUCUAGAUCCUAACUUAUUCAAGAUCAGAGAUCAAUUUGCUAGUGGUGAGAGUACCACAGGUUAUUUUUUUUACUGAGUUGUUAUGCUGUUACCAUCCUCCUCAAGCAGUCACUCUAUCCCUCCUAUGUAACUUGCACUCCCAUAUCUCAUCUGAGAGGAUGAGGGUCAACAGCCAUAUUGCAUUGCAAAUAACAAUUUCUGUAAUGAGUUUGGUUACUCUUUUAUUAUUAUUCUGACUUUCUUGAGACAUUCACCAAGUAAGCCAGUAACAGUAAUAAAGAUUAGCUGCAAGACAUUUUUACAUCUGCCAGUGAUCAAAGUCCUAGCUUCUAAGGUAAGAUCCCUGUACUGUUCAAUUAAUUGGACUUCUGUUUUCUUUUGUAAACAUAACUUCAUGGUAGCUAUGUGAGACAGACUCCUUUUUUAUGCCAAUCAUCUUUUCUUUUGAAAUUAAUUUUUUUUUUUCCUUUGUUCUAAAUCCUGUCUUGUUCACAGCAAGACCAGAGAUUAAUUUGACGGUCUUUACAGUACCACAUGUCAUCUGUCUCUCUGGUGGUUAUUAUGCUAUUGAGAUUUUAUUUCAUACCAAACAAUUACACAGCUGUAGGUUCCCUACGUGGAAGAUUAAAAGUCAAACUUCACAGCGGCGCUGCCAUCGCUAGUGCAGGUGACAGGGGAUCCGCCCACUUUUGGGAGUAGCAGAUAUGACUGACCAGAUGUUCACAAUUCAUUUUGGCCAUGAGCCUCUCCAAGCCUGGAGAGUAGGCUGACAAGCUGAUGGGUUCCUUUGAAAAGGGAGGUUCUUCCUUAAAAGGAAUGAAGUAGCCAAAACAGAGAACCUGAAUCACCCAUUGCUCCACUCCCCUGGUACUCCAUUCCUCUCAAAAGUGGUGCAGUCUGGCACCGACAGGAGCACAAAGGACAGACUUGCUACUGGGAUGUGGGCUUUGGCCCGGACUUCGAGGUGGGUCACAAAUUAUAUCAAGACCUGAGAAAAGUCAAGAGACGAACUUGAUGACAGUCGGAAGGGAAGGCUUGGGGCAUUUCGUUGAAUAGCCCAACAAAUCAUAGGUAGACUUCUUUAAAGAAGAAAGCACCUCUCUGUGUCCCCCAGAAAAAUUGAGUCUUGCCCAAGGGUGAGAACAUGAGCGCUGACUUCUGCAAUAGGGUCACCCCUUUAGUGGCAAAGCAACACUAUUGCUCAGGUUUCUUUAGAAUACCAAUCUCAAUCUCAAAAAGACAAGCAAUCUUGUCACCUGUUUCUAAUACAUUUAUCUGCACACGACAGGACACCAAGUCAGUCCGAAGAGAUGUCCUCUAGUAAGUUAGGGCAGUCCUCCAUCUUCUUGGCCAACACCCCAUUUGUGCAAUCUAAAAAGCUCAGAAUCUCUAAAGACUUUGUAGAUAUUCUUCACCAUGUGGUCCAGUUCGGGAGAAGAGAAGCAGACCUUUGCCGACACAAAGGCUGACCUACAAGUCACAUCAAUGAGACCAGAGAAGUCCCCUGGGAGGAGGCAGAAAUUCCCAGGGAGGGCCCUUCUCCAGUGGCUUAGAGACAAUAUCGCUUCUUGAUCAACUUCAAGGGAGGAAAGGUGAAUGUGGCUUCCCCAAGGUCUCUUGUUUGUUAGCCAUUCCUCUACGUCGGGUAAGGCUCUCUUGGCCGUAGAGGAGAGAACUAACUUUGGCAAACAAGGGUCAGAGGGCUUCUUCCACAUAAGGAAGGUAGAUGCAGGAGAACUAGAAGCUGGGACAAAAAAAAACUGGAAAGUUCUCCAACAGGUAUUUCAUCAGUUCUCCAACAGGUAUUUCAUCAGGCCUGAAUGAGCAGAUGCAGGUGAAGAGUGAAGUUCCUCCUCCUCACCAUCCAACGAAACAGAUAAGGUGCUGAUUCCCAUUCUUGACCUCUGGAGUUUUGCCUUCCAGAAGCUCAUCAAACUCUCCAAAUGUCAUUGAAGAAGAGCUAAGGCUGGUGCCCCUUAAAGCGAUGGCUGUGUCAGCAAAGUCACUGGGUUUCGACAGAAGUUGAGGUAAAAGUCGAUGGAGGAACAGCCGAGUCCAAGUAAGGAGAUGAUUGGCCUGGCGCCGACUGCCUUGAAGACACCUACACCUGUCGGGUGAGGACUUCAAUCUGCUUCUCUGGAUCUCUAAACAGACAGAGAAGAGGCAUCCCCUCCAGUUGAAUGCCUCUUUAAGGAUGAGAAGAUGAAGAUGUACACCACUGUCCCUUCCUAGAAAGCAGAGUCAACCGAAACAGCCGACAACUGAGUCCGAAAUGAAAUGCCUUUCCGGUGGCGUUCAGCUGAAUCCUGCUGGAGAACUACAGGUUCAGCGGAAGGAACAACUGCUUGUGGGCAAACCCAUCCAGUCUCCCUUGGACCUCCGGUAUAUCUUCUCCCCAAGGUGGGGGGGGGGGGGGGUGACCUUUGUCUAGGAGACUCGGAGGGACAGACAGCCACCCCCUUAGAAUUCCCUGCACUGACACUUUGCACUUUACUAAUAGUCACAGACGUCUCCAUAAAAUAUUUUACUGGGAGGCCUAACUCCAUAACUAUGUUUGCAAAAAAGCUAAACUUUUUCUCAAACCUUGAUUCCAGGCUGGCAGUGGUGUUGGAAAAGGUGUCAUGGGAAGCUGGUAAAGGAGCUGAAGGUAUGGGAGUAGGAGGGCUUAAGAUAUGAGACAUGCCAUGAAGAGAAGGAACAAUAUUUGAUGCUGCUACAGGCAAGGGAGAAGAUGAGGCUAAGCCAGCUUUAUUCUCAGCUCUAAGAGUUGCUUUUCUCUUUUUAUCUUUAAUCACUUCAAGUGAGAAGCAAAUGAUUUCCCUUGCUAUUUGCUCCAUCCUAUACAUUCAGAACAAGUGUUCUAUCUACUACACUCCUGCCCUCUACAUUUAGUGCAUUUAAAAUGCGAGUCAUAUAGUACAGGUUUAACUAACCUUGUUCUACACCCACCAAUGCAGAACCUUACUCCCAAAGGACUGAAAAGAACCAAACAAAACUAUGUUAACUCAUAGUAAAACCAAAAACACACGAAGUGAGAACUUCACCCAUACUUUGGAGACUGAUACAACCAUCCAAACAGAUAAAGAGAAAACUGUCAGCACAAACCACUAAUGUUACUCAGGAGCUAACAGAAAACUUAUUAGGAACACCUGGUCAGUCAUACCUUCUACUACUCCCGAAAGUGGGCAGAUCCCGUCACCUGCACUAGUGAUGGCAGCGUCACUGUGAAGUUUGAAUUUUGGUAUGCUGCGUAGGGAACCUACAGCUAUGCAUAAUUGUUUGGUAAGAUGCUAAAAUAAAAUGCUACUUUUUCAGACUGUUUAAUGCAAUGCUAAAAAAAUUCCCAAGAUCAAUGAAAUGUAUUGCGUCUGGUUACUCUGUUAGAACACUCUCCUCAGGCCGAACCAUUGGGGAGGUAACAAAAGUAAUACAGGUUAGUUGCACAAACCCCUUCAGUCAUCGGACAAGGAUCUUACCCUCAAAUGGUCUUCCUUUUAGCCCUUGCCUCAGCAAAGAGAAUGUAUGGAUGGUCAUACUUCAGAGAAGUGGCAGUCCUUUCUUGUUCUCUUUGGUCCUGAAAUUCAGUUUCAGACCCAAAAUUCCAAGUUUUUAAAUUUUCUUCCUUUGAGACUUCAGCUGAUUGAGAGUCAGAAGAGAUAUUCAUUGUUGUCUGUGCCCUUUAAAUGUUAUUUGAGGAAAAAGAACCUCUGCUCAGACCAGAUGGUACAGAUGAUUUUUUGUAGUACAGGAUGUUCCAAGGAUAUCCAAAAACACCAUCUCCUGGCUAAAGGAAGUAAUCUCCAGAGCUUACACUGGGAAGGUGACAAUAGUAAUAAAGGCUAGUUACAAAAGUUUUUUGCAUCUCUUUGCCACUGACCCCAAGUUCUAGCUUCUCAGGGAAGGAUUGUUGAAUCCAAAAGUAAUUAAGAGUUUUUCUUGCAGAACAGCUAGGGAGAUGUCUGGCAUCCUCUGCACAUCCUCAACAUAUGUCUUAUCAAGAACAGUGGUCCAUCUUCUGUGAUUAGUGUCGUAGUAGGUAUUACCCUCUAGUCAGUGCCUAUCUUCAAUGUGUUGCAGAGUCCUUAGUCUACCUGCAUCUAGACAAUGGCCUGUCUAUCUUGGCCAUGGAAGGGUAUUGGGCUGAGCUUGCUCAAGUAUUCUGCUUAUGUAGCAUGACCUGUACAUCUCCUCAGAAAUAGUGAUGCUCCUGAAGAGCUUCAAACAGUCAUGGCCUCUUCAAAAAACCAAGCCCACUGUACCUGACUUUGGUACUUUGAAGUGAUCAGGACAGCCCAGUACAAACUCCUUCAGUCAUCAGACAAGGAUCGUACCCUCAGAGUGGUCUUCCUUCUAGCCCUUGCCUCAGCAAAAACAAUGAGGAGUUGUUUGGAUGGUCAUAUUUCGGAGGGGUGGCAGUCUUUUCUUGUUCUCUUUAGUCCUGGAGUUCCUGUUUUACUAGUUUGGAAUGUAAGCCCUUUUCUGCUGUUAUAGUGGCAGUUAUAUGAUGGGCUAUUUAAUCAUAUGUUUACUGUGCACCUGUGUUUACAUGUAUCAAUUAUAGUCUUUACGAAUGUCAAGUGCCCAGUUGUGGAGGCUCUACCCAUAAGCUAAAAGAAUUUUUAUUAUUGGUGGCAACGUACAGUAAUUGAAGCGCCUCAGUGGCAUGGUCGGUAUAUGGUGUUGGCGUACCACCUCGGUGGUCGUGAGUUCGAUUCCCGGGCAUUCCACUGAGGAGUGAGAGAUGUGUAUUUCCGGUGAUAGAAGUUCACUUUCGACGUGGUUCGGAAGUCACGUAAAGCCGUUGGUCCCGUUGCUGAAUAGCCACCUGGUUCCAUGCAACGUAAAAACACCAUACAAACAAACAUAAAGUAAUUGUGUUUACUUGUAUGAUAAAGCAUUCUUACUUGUCUGGUUUUUAAGCUGCAACAUGCUGUUGAGAGUUGAAUUUGCAACCCUUAACAAAAACCACUUUAACCUCACUCUAUAGCAGCCAUUUGUGUGCUAUGGUGCAACCUCGAGUUAACAAAUUCUUCCAGAAAGCCUCCAACAAUUUACUGGAAGGUCCGCAGUCUUCCUUACAAAAGGCGGUCUUGUAUGCGAGGCUGAUUGUCGUCUCUCCAUAUCCAACAUGCCUAUCACCUUCAAGUUCAGCAAGGGCAAUAGUGUGUUCUGCAAUAGGUAUAGUGGAAAGGUUUUCUUUCUGUUUUACCUCUCUCCUUAUGCUAUGUAGUUCAUCAGUGUAUGAGAGAGAAACAUUUGUUAGGGUCCCUCAUCAAGGAUCGAGAGCAGGGUCCCCCAUCAAGGGUGUCACUUGAGAGGUUUCAAUAAGGGGUCCUUCCUCGUGAACUGAAUUGCAAAUUCCAUUUUAUUAAUAUUGUUUUUCUGUAACUUUGGCAAAGUAGUAAUCCCUAAAUGGGGACUCACAGUUUGACAAAUCCUUGUAUCCUGAGAAGCCUUUUCUAAGCUCUCUGUCCACCAGCUUCACCUUUCUCCCUUUUCCCUGACGUUAUUGCCAAGUUUUCAGGUUUUGGGCCGUAGAUUCCUGCCAGAUUUCUUUCUUCUUAACCAUAGUUUAUAGAUUGGACAGAAGAUAGGUACUGAAGUAUCUUUUUAAAAGCUGUGAUAGGUUACAUUCAUGUCAUCAGCUAUGUAAGAUUCCUUACAAAUAUUUGCUUGUUAUUCCUUGUGGUCCUUACCAUCCUGUCUACAGCAAUUCAAGUUUUUUUUUUUUUCUAGUAUUAAUUAGCUAUGAGAUGGUAUUUAGUUGUUCAGGAUUGGGUCUUUGCUCUUACAAAGUUGGAAUGUAUUUUUUUUUAUCUUUGACUACUUCAGUCCUAUUCAUACACAACUUAUAAAUUGAAUAAGUCAAUUUUUUGCUCAGGUAAGUACCUGGAGCCUAAUACCUGUUGUACUAUCAAAACAAGAUUAGCCAUUCUUCCUAACUAUGAGUAUUCUGACAUCUUUGAAUCAGUUGACAAUAUGACUGAAUCAAGUAUAUUACAUUCUUAUCUGAAAAUGCCAUCCAACAAUCCUUAUUUCAUGGAUACUAACCAUUACUUCCCUUCCAAUUUGGCAGGCAAAAGUAAGUUCAAGCAUGAUGCCUCACAAUGACCACAGUCGAUUUGGGGCUAUUUACAGGCGGUCCCCAGGUUACGACAGGGGUUCCGUUCUUGAGACGCGUCGUGAGCCGAAAAUCGUCGUAAGCCGGAACAUCGUCAAAAAUCCUAAGAAAACCUUACUUUUAAUGCUUUGGGUGCAUUGAAAACUAUGUAAACUGCAUUCGUAUGGCAUUUUUCAUUAAAAAAAAACCCUCAAAUAUUGAUUAUUUUGCAUUUUUGGUGUCAUAUUUCAUCUCCCAGAUGAGCGUUGUAGGCGUCGUAACCCUGGAAAUAAUGUCUAUUGACAAGCGUCGUAACCUCGGAACGUCGUAAGCCGACACUGUCGUAACCCGGGGACUACCUGUAUAGUCUCAUGCCAUUAAAAGUUCAAGUGUAAUACCUCAUAUUCAAUAACAGAAUGAGAGUUGAAGGUAUACAUCACUUGGUGUCAUCUCUAACCCUGUGGGAAAACAAUAUAAGAUUGUUUCUUGGUAAAUUCAUGGUCAGUUAUUCCUAUUCACAAAAGUAAGUUCUAGUGAGACAUUUGUAUAUAUCCGUAAAGAGAAAUUUCUUUUACAAAAUGCAAUAUUCAUUUUGUGAUGAUUUAUUUUGAUUUGUAUGUAGGAGAGUUUAAGCAGAAUGGUUGCCCAGGAAUAAUGAAUCACAGAAAUAAGAAAUGGGAGACCUUAAUGAUCUUUAGUAAAAGAAAAAAGUUAGCACAUAAAAAUUUAUUGUAAAAUUAUUCAUUAUUAACAAAAAAUGUUUUUUGUUCUGUGAGAUGAUACAUACUGAUGUUCUGACUUUAAAGUGUAAAAACAAAAAAUAUUUAUUGUUAACCGGGAAAUAUUUGUCGUUCCAAUAUGUACUUGGUAAAGGUGACUUUCAAUUUUUUCACUUAAACUUCUUUUUCACAUAAGAACUACAGUGGCAGAUGGUGUUAGCAAACACAAAAUCAAAAAGUUCAAUACUACUAUGUAAUGUGUUUAUAAAAGUUUUGUUCUGUUUAAUAUAUUAAAUAUAAAAUGAUUACUGUCAGCUUUUAUAUGGCAAAAGAAUAACAGUUGGAAACUUUGAACAAAGAAGUGUCACAGUCUAGCAACAGGUUGGGGUAUAUACUCUAUAAGUCACAGUUAAGAUUAGGUGUGGACAUGUUCUUUUAUGUGAAUAAAUUUUUUGUAAAGUCCCUUAGCUCUAAUCAUUUUCUGCUUGUAUGUAGUAGAAGGUAUAAGUGGUAAUGUAAACGGUCUUGGAUGUGUCCAUGUCAUAUACAUACAGGGAAACAUUGGAUACGAUUGGCCUUGUAUUAACUGGUUUACCAGUUUUUUUUUUUUUUUUCAUUUAUUAACUUGAUGAGGCCCUCUUAUACACUUGGCUCAUAAAGAAACACACAACCAUACCUGUAGUUACAUUGGUUCUAACAGAAUCAUUACACAGUAUUAUGUAACACUGGAGCUGUGGCUAUUGAUACGUAGUUGUGUUGGUUUGGCCAGUUGUAAAAGAAAUCUAUCAAAUAUUUUUAAAAAUCCUUUUAACCUGCCUUGGUAAAUUAAGUAUCUUUUUUUCAACAAUAUUAUGUGAAAUUUUUCCAACUUUCUAUAAAUUUAGGAAAUCAAAAAUGUUACUCAUUGCCAGUAUUUGUGUGGGAACAUUGAAAUAUACACAUCUAUGAUUUUGUUUUGUACAGCUAAUUUGAAUUAUAUAUUUUUCUUUUAUUUUAAUUACAUUUUUAUAAAAUGUUUAAACAGUUAUUUAUGAAGAAAAUAUUAUGUAAUGCUUCAAAGUUGUCUUUCCUUGAAUUUUUACCCACUUAAGAUUUAUUACUUAAGCAAGUAUACAUGAUUUUGUUUGGUAGUGCAGUAGCUGCAUUUAUAACACUAUGGAGAAAACGAAGCAUCUGGUUUAUCAGCUUUAGGUGAUAUUAUAUUCUGUGUAGUACUGUAAACUAAUACGUACACAGUCACCUAGAGUGAUGUUGUGGUAAUAUUGAUUACAAAAAGUUCCAGCAAGGUGCAAGUAAAAUUGUACUGGAGCAUCCCAGUUAUUAAGUCAUUCAAUCAUCGUAUAUCUGCUCAUUAUUUGUAACAUCUUGCAAAGUUAUAUUUUCGUAUUGUGUCCAA